UGCAGUUUUAAUGUGACAAAGAUACAGUAUAUGUACUUUUAUUGCUGAUUAAAUGUACACAAGUAUGUUACAAAUGUAUUAACUGCAUGUAGGUGGGGAAUGUUCCGUGCAGCAAUUGAGAAGAUCAUUUUGUCCUACAAUUUUAAUAUUAUUCACAGUUACGUGAUGUCUACAAAGAAGUCAUCAACUGUAGAAUUACGACAAGAAAGAACAUGGGUACCGUGUGUAGGCGAUUUCCCGAUUUUGAAGAAAUUCUUUGCACAGAAAGAGGGACCAUUUUGGUACGCAGUGCAUUUAUUCGAAAUUUUGCUGCGCGGAUAUGGACAAAUUGUUUUUGCGAAUAAUCCUCUCAGCGGACUACUGAUAAUAGUUACCAUGGCUGCGGUAGCGCCAGGUACAUUCGUGUGGUCCGCAGCCACCGCCGUCCUUGGCCUCCUAGUGUCCGUGACCAUUCGAGAACCGCGGGAAAUUGUAGAAAACGGAAUAACUGUCUUCAACCCUUUGCUCGUCGGCGUGAUGUCAUAUAAUGUGAUACCGCGGAUGUACGGACCCUUCGAUGCUUUCUGUUUUCUGCUUGUAUUCCUAGGAGCGAUACUCAGUGUUUAUCUCGCGCGGUCUCUGAGAAGCGAUAAAUUCUCAUGCACAACGUGGCCAUUUCACCUGGUGGAAAUCCUGUUAAUUUUCGCCUUUUCGACGCAGAACGUGUUGACUAAAUCUACGGAACCAACGUUUGAGAUGCAUAAUGCAACAAGUGAGACAACGAUGAUGACGACGACGGCGAACGACGCCGGUUUCUACGACGCGACCGACGUUUAUAUCAACUGGGGAAUGAUACUACGAGGUUGCGUCCUUUCCGCGCCUCAGAUGAUAGGCAUUGAAAGUGUGAUCCUUGGAGCUGUCAUGUAUCUGGCAAUGUUAAUAUGUUCGCCGACGACAAUCGUGUUCUCCUUCAUAGGCGCUUUCUGUGGAACUUUAGGAGCUUUGCAACUCGGAGUGGACCAUUCUAAGGUUUACAGCGGAGUCUGGGGAUAUAACAGUCUCUUGACCGCGGCUGCUUGCGGAGGAAAUCUGUUGGUGUUAAACGGUCAGACGGCAGCUGUCGCCGUCAUGGGGGCUAUUUUUGCUUCACUGUUACAGUAUUUUUUAGAAUCGUUGUUUAUAAACACACAAUUACCAAUAUUGGCGCUACCGUUCAUAAUAUCGACUUCGUUCCUUAUAAAACUGAGCACUGGCAAGGAAGAUCUAACAUUUCCGUGGCCCGUAUCGCCAAUUUCUUUUCCCGAGAAACAGCGACAAGAUUAUCUCGCCCGUUGUGCGGCACUUAAAGAGGAAGAAGAUACUUUGGAAGAACUUGAGCUUGUCAUUCAGAAUGAGAAGGGAACGUCCGGAUAAUUAAUGGUUUGUUUUUGAAUGAUAUACGUAAUUACAAUUUGGUUAUAUUAUAUGAUAAG